UACAUAAUUAGUAAAAUCAUGAGUAUUUUGUCUUUCAUUGAUGAGGGAACACGGCGAAGAAAAGAGAUCUCUGAUUAAAUAUACAAUGUCAUCACAAAGAUUCACGUAAGUUGAAUGUAACUGUCCAGUCGUCCAAUCACAGGGGUUUGUUUUAUCUGACCAAUCAGGCGGCUGCAGGACUGAAACAUGAGGAUGACUCCCGACACUGAGCAGUCCAUCAGAUGUACAGUAUCCAGCUGCAGCUGCAUGCGCUUCAAACCUGCAAGAGCCAAACACAGGUCAUGUGACCGCUGUGGACACGGCUGGGUGGUACACGCCCUGGAGAAGCUCCAGGCCCCGCCCUCCCCCAGCUGCGGCCCAGUGGAGGUGGCCCUCCCCGGGCUGGUGUUGGACCUGAGCUCCCUGGUGCUGUACGGAGCUCAGGCCGUCCCAGUCCGUCUGAAGAUCCUGUUGGACCGUCUCUACAGCGUCCUGACCCCAGAGCAGGUUGGCCACAUUCUGCACACACUGGGCUGGAGUCUGGGAGAUUAUGUCCGAGGCUACAUGCUGCAGUUCCCCGGUGGGACGGUGUUGGACCGCUGGGUGAUGGUGACGCCGGAAGAAGAGCCGCUUGUCCUCCGACAGUUCCUUCGCUUCGGCGAGACCCGCCCAAUCGUUGAGUUGAUGACACGUCAGAGCCCGGCAGCUGUCAAUCGCCCCUCCGAUCCUGAGCUAAGGCCCGCCCCCAAGAGCUGCCAAUCAAACAUCUGCGCAUUCCCGGAGCGUGACGGAGGAACAGCAGGGAACAUAUUCAGGAACUCAGGCAAUGGUUCACAUUUGUUGACCGGCGUCUGCAGUUCUGGGAAAAGCCGUGUUGCUGACUGCAACGACACUAUCCACCAUUUUGAAAACUUUGCAGGUGGACUGUCUUUGCUUCUGCCUUUCCAUUUUCCAAGCUCCACCUUCCAGUGUUUGGCUCCUCCCACCAAGGAUCUAGUUCCUCCCUCGAAGCUAACACUACAGAAGCUCAGUGGGACCCAGCUGGGCAGGAGAACCCAGAAGGAUGGAGAUCAGUUGCAAGAGAAGGAUCCAAUUUCGCCGAAAUCCAAAGGUGAACCGGCGUUAAAAAUCAAAACGGACCCCGACAAGCCAAACCCGUCCCGGUCGCUGUGGCAACCGAACCAUCGCAUCCACAGCGAUGAAGAGCUUGACCGUCGCUGGGUCAUGGACCAACAGGAGAACACCUCUUCAUCCUGUCCUUCGCUAAGCUCUUCAUUUAUCCCCAUGUCUUCCUCACUCCGGUCAUCAAUGUCCUCCUCUUACCAGAAGUUGCAAGGCUCCUCUCCCUCCUCUUUCCAUCCUCUCCCAUCCUUCUCCUCCUCCUUUCUCUGUCCUCUUCCCGCCUCCUCCUUUUCUUCUUCCCUUCUUCCUCUGCCAUCCUUGACUUCUUCCCUCCAUUCUCUCCCAUCUUCCCCCUGCUCUCUACCUUCUUCUCCCGCAGGAGGUCGUAAAGGGAGGGUCUGUUGUGGCGUUUGUGGGAAAAGCUUCUAUGACAAAGGAACUCUGAAGAUCCACUACAACGCUGUCCACCUGAAGAUCAAACAUCGCUGCACGGUGGCCGGCUGCACGAUGGUCUUCAGCUCGCUGCGAAGCCGCAACCGGCACAGCACCAACCCAAACCCUCGGCUUCACACUGGUUCCAGCAGAGACACACAGUCAGACACGCAUACAAGGAAAACAGGCAUCAGCAACACACGGAGGAAUGAUGACGCCCAGACACCGGUGCAUGUGCACAACCUUAGAAAUGGGUUGAAUUGUCAUACAAACACCCACCACGGCAACCGACACAAUACCCCCCCUCACGCUGACUCCCCUCCUCCUGCUCCUCACCGUCUGACCCAUGACGGCAACCAGAACUUAACCCAGAGUGACUCCAAUUACAGACCCAACCCCCAGGUUCUGCCUCAUCCUCCACUUCCCCUCCGAGCCCACGGUGCCUCCUCAGUGAGCUCACCGACCCCCGUCCCCCAGGUCCUUCCUGUGGCCGAGAAAACCGAACCUUGUGGACACCCGCUCAGCCUCAACACCGCCCACACUGCACCUGACCACGCCCACGUCACCAUGGCAAACUGCAACGGGCAAUAUGGUUGCAUCGCAUUAGAGCUAACCAAUCAGCAGCGGCAGUGGGCUUCCGGUGACUCCAUUCCAAAGAAGAAGCCCAGAAAGUCGAGCAUGCCGGUAAAAAUAGAAAGAGUGAAGUCGGAGGGGAGGAGGAACAAGGAAGAGGAGGUGUACUGAAGGUCGGGCAUUGUGCUAGUUGCCCUCAGGACAAACUUUACAUGUUUGUAUUCUGUAAAGCAAAAAAAAUUGUGAUCCAGACAUUGUGUCUCGAUAAAAAAAGG